AUGGGAAAUAUUUUAAGAAAUUAAAAAGAAAUAUCAAGAAAUUUGGAUAAAAUUGCUUAAGGUUAAGUUUAGGAUACACCUAAUAUUUUGAUUAAGGAAUCCAAAUAAGGGAAUGUUGAUGUCAUAAAACUCAAUUUGCAGAUAAUUAAUGCGGAAAUAGUCUAUGAUUCUGUUGAUAAAAUUCAGUUGGAUCUAACUUUCAGCAGCCAUAUAAAUUUCUAAAUGAUAGUUCAUACAUUUGUUACUGAAACCAAAGGAGGGAAACAGCAAAGAUAUGAAAAAAGCAUGCCAUCAAGUACAUCGCAAUAAUUUAAAUGUCCAUCAGGAUUGAACUACUAAUUUCCUACUAAAUACAUAGAGUUCAUGAUUAUUGAUCUUCUAAGAUUUUAGAAAAUGAGAAUAAUUCCAGACGCAUAAUAUCACACUCUAAUAAUCGAAAUGAGAGCUCUAAAUUCAAAAAGCUUCCAGAUAAUUUACUUUUAUCGUAUAGAUUGCAACGAAUAAACCUAUUAAUGUGAAUUGACUAAUACAAAAUAAAUUCUGAUACAAAAGGGCCGCUUUUUUGAAAUAAAUGAACUCUAUGGUGUAUAAAAUACUCUAUUCAAUCCUGAAUGGAACCCUAACACAAUAGAAGACAAAGAAUGUGUAAUUUGUUUUUAUAAUAUGAUUAAUACUGUACUCUUGCCUUGCAAACAUAUGUGCACUUGCUCUGUCUGCGCUGAUCAUAUCAUUAUGAGUUAGAAAAUUAAGCAAUGUCCUCUUUGCAGAAUCGACAUCAAUAAUUACUUGGCUUUAGAAAUUAAGGAUAAGUAGAGACAGGACGUAUAGUUACAAAAAUACAAAGAGGAAUAGCAAAAGUACUUAGAAUCCAUUAAAGAUAAGAAGGAAUAAUAAGCAAUAAAGCAAGGUUCAAUUAUGGAAUAAUUAAAAUCUAAGCUAAAAGAAGAAUAGAUGAAAUAACAACAAUUAAAGAUUAAGAAUAUGAAAUAUUUCAAUGAUCUUGAUGAUUUUAAUUAGGAUAAUGAAUAAAAUGAAAACAUCUAUGGCAAUUAGAGUUUUUGUUCAUAUGAUGAAAACUAAAAUGACCCAGAUCACAAUUAAUUCAACAAUUCAGUUAAAGAUAACAGACAACUGAAAUUCGAAGAUGACAAUAACUUAAGAAUAUCUAAUCAAUUCGAUGACGACAAGCAAAAGAGUACUGCUAAUCAAAGAAGUCCUUGUGAUAGAGAUUUCUUAAGUAGCUAUUAAUAAUAAUAGGAAAUGAAAGAUUCCAGAUAAAACCCUCUCAUAAACUAAAGUAUCUCAGUUGAAAAUGACAUAUCCUAAGAUUAAGUUCACUCCCCCCAAUAGCAUUAAGUUUCAUUGGAAGUCACAAACAAAGAUGAUGAAUAAAAUCUAAAUCUAUCUUCUUAAUAACAACUCGCAUAAUAAAAUGGGAUUAAAUUACAAGUAAUUUAGGAAACAGCAAAAGAGUGUUAAGACAUUAUUAUAGAAUUUCAAUAACAUUAGGAGUGUUAACAAUAAACUAAUACUUAAUUGAUUGAUUUUUUUGAUGAAAUUUCAGAAUAAAAUGAGGAAUCUAAGCAAUAAAAUAGAAUUAAAUCUCUUUCUUAAUUUGAAUUGCACUAAUAACCUUAAUAGUUUCAAUAAUAAUAAUAACAAUAAAAACCAACAAACUUGAAAACACCUCAAUAAUAUAAUUAUGGCUUAAUAUAAAAUGAUUUAUAAGAUGAUAUGAAUUAAUUCGGAGAUAAGAAUUUCCCUUAGUUUAACGAUUUUAAAUUAAAAACAAACUAAUCUCAGAUAUCCAAUGAGCAAAAUCAAGAUUUUUAUAAAUCAGUCAGAUCAGCAGAGUAUAUGUAAGAUAAUGAGUAAAGACUCGAUCAAGAACAUGGUAUUCAGAAGCAAGCUUCGUUAAUUGAUUUGGAAGAUAAACAAGAAGAAUAGAAAGAUCCUUCUGAUUCGAAAGAAUGUAGGAGUGAAUAAAUUUCAUUGAUAGCUUUUGAUUGA